AUGCUCGUGUCCUUUAGGACUCUCAGCCCCGAGCGGCCUGUGCUGGCCCGGGCAUUUCUGCACUGCCCGGGCGCGUGUGCCCGCCCCUGGACCACCUUCAGCACGGAGCAUCCCUGUCCCAAGGGCACCUUUGGCCCCAGGCCUGGUGCCACCAGUGAGUCUGACUGCGAGCCCUGCCCAGCAGGUUAUCACUGUGCCAGGGGAGCCGUCAGCCCAGCCCCCUUCAAGCACAGGGUGGAAUCCUCCAGCCCUGCCCUGCCUGGCAAUGACAUCUGCCCCGUGGGCCACUUCUGUCCCCGUGGCAGCGGGCACCCCGUGCCGUGUCCCCCCGGGUCCCUGUCCAGCGCCCUGGGCCUGGGGGCAGAGGAGCAGUGCCAGCCCUGCCCGGCUGGGAGGGUCUGCAGUGGCCCAGGGCUGGCUGAGCUGGCCCAGACGGCGCUGUGUGACCCAGGCUACGUGUGCCUGGAAGGAAACUCUGCUCCCUGCCCUUCGGAUGGCAUCCAUGGAUACAGAUGUCCCAGCGGCUCCUACUGCCCGGCGGGCUCGGCGCUGGAGCUGCCCUGGUACUUCUGUCCGGGCCGCACUGCUGUCCCUGUGCCCUGUCCCGAGGGGACACUCAGCCCCUUGGAGGGGGCACUGGCGCCCACGGCCUGCAGGCAGUGCCCCGUGGGCAGGUACUGCAGGGGGGAGGCCAACUGGGAGCCUGAUGGGCUGUGCUCGGCCGGGUACUUCUGUCACGGAGGAGCCACCGACGCCACCCCGCGUGGGACAGCCGGCUUCCCUCUCAGCGGGCCCUGCCCUCUGGGGCACUACUGCCCACAGGGAACUCCUUUCCCACUUCCUUGCCCACCUGGGACCCUCAACAACGCCACUGGAGGUGGCUCCCAGGACAGCUGUGUGCCCUGCUACCCCGGGGCUUUCUGUGCCAGCGCGGGGCUGAGCUCUCCCACAGGACCUUGUUCCGAGGGCUUUUACUGCCCAGCAAACUUCAGCUCCGUCAGCCCCACGGCGUUCCUGUGCCCCAAGGGUCACUUCUGUGGCUCAGGGACAGCCCUCCCGAGGCCGUGCCCUGCCGGGCAGUACCAGCCAGCCACGGGCUCUGCCUCCUGCAUCCCGUGCCAGAGAGGAUUCUACUGCCAGGAGCUGGUGGCAGGGGACCCCAGGCGCUGCCCACCUCAUUCCUACUGUCCCCCAGGGGAUUCUGAGGCCCACCCGUGCCCUUUGGGACACUACUGCCUCGGGAGCAAUGGCAGUGCCCAGAGCAGUGUCCUGGCCCCUCAGGAGUGCCCUCCACAGACCUUCCGUGGGCACCUGGGAGCACGGAGCCUGGCGGAGUGCCAGCCCUGCCCGCCGGGGUACCACUGUCCCCUGCCAGGCAGUGACAGCUACGACCAGCAGCCUUGUCCCCGUGGCCACUACUGCCCUGCCCUGUCCCCUGCCCCGCUGCCCUGUCCCCCGGGCACCCAUGGGAGCAGCCACUUUGCCAAGCACCCAGGGGACUGCCAGGCCUGUCCUGCUGGCACCUUCAACCACCUCCCUGCCCAGGCUGCCUGCUUCCCCUGUGGCAGCUCUUCUUCCUCUCAGCCGGGUGCCACCAGCUGUACCUGCCACGGGCUGAACAGGGCUUUCCAGCAGUCAGAUGGCUCCUGCAUCUGCCAGGCAGGUUAUGUUUAUUAUGAUGAGAGAGGCAAGAAAGACUCUGACAGCAACAGCGAUCAGGACUGCCGACCUCAGGUGGACGAGUUGUGUGCCCCUGGCGAGGUCCGGCUGGCGUCCACGCGCCGCUGCGCCGCCCCCGAGCGCCACGACUGCGCUCCCGCCUGCGGGCCGGCCGGAGGGGAGCUCCACGCACAGCUGGGCAUAUGCCACUGCAAGCAGUACAUCUCUGCUGAGGAGCUCUGUGACCAGCUGUGCCUGCUGAGAGCCCCACGGAUCUCCCUGGGCUUUGGCACCCACAGAGAGCUGCUGCUGAGGAUGAGCGAGGGCCAAGUGAGGGAAGUGUCAAAUGUUCUGGGCCCUGAUGAGCACGUGCAGAGCAGCCAGAGGGUGCAUUUGGUUCUGUUCAGUCCCCAGGGAGUGCUGGGUUUCAUUGUCUCCAGCACAGAAGUUCUGGAUGCAUUUCUCAAGGGAGAUUUUUCCUCAGAUCAGCUGCUGCAGAAAGGGCACAGAGCCCAGAGGAGCUCCCCCAGGGACAGCCAGGCCUUGCCCCUCAUCCCUAACCCAGUGGUGUGUCUGGAAGCAGGGGACACGAUCCUUUUCCAGCUCAGCAUCAAUUCCCAGGAGCGUGCCUCCAGCCAUUACCCCGUGUACCAGAAGCAGCAUCUCUACAACAACAACCCAGGCUGGGAUUUCGGACCCUUCCGAAGGCUGGACCACCUGAUCCAGGAGACUCAGCUCAACAUCUCCUGGUUUGCCCAUGUUUUCCUGGAGCCUGGGACAUUUGUUUUCAGGGACAGCUCCGUUCAGGAGCGCUUCCUGAUUGUGACAGUGAACGAAGCCAACGUGAGCUGUGACGCUGGGGAAGGGUCCUUCCAGCCCUCCUCCCUGUUCCAGCUGGCCAGACAUGGCAUUUUGAAGCAGCAGAAUCUGAACUUGGCUCCCAACUGGGCUGCUAUCACAGCGAUCCUCUUCGUCCUGGGCUUCCUCGUGCUGCUGCUGACCACCCUGGCCAUCGUGUUCCAGCCUGCUGGCCCCAAAAUCAGCCCCCUGAAGAGCUGGAAGCCACGAUGGAGGAGCCUGGGGGAGCCCCACAUCCCACCAGAGUACAUCCUCCUUAAGGACAGCCUCAAGUUCUACCAGAUGCUUGGUGCUCGUGGAUCUGGAGAAGACGCUGGCUCUGGGGAGAAAGGAGCAGUGCCUGGUGCAGAAAACAGCUUCACACCCAGGCUCCUGGAGGAUUUCAGUGUCCGCACCCUCUAUGACAAGCUGGAGGAUCAGAAUUUGCACUUGGCCUCUCAGCUGGCAAAGCACAGGAUGGACGUGCUGGUGUUCCACAAUGGGAUCAGCCAGAGGAUCCAGAGCCUCAUGGACACAGUGCAAGCUCUGGACUGGGAAGCCCUGAAAACCUUUUCCAGGCAAGGGAUUUGUGGGCAGGAAGCUGCAGAGCAGAGCUGGGCAGCAGCGGGUGCUGAGCUGAGCCAGGGACACUGGAACAACAACUUCCAGCCAGGUGCCCCGUGGCAAGAGGUGACAGAGUUAAUGAGAGCUCUGGAAGCGCUGCUUGGGAACACUCCUGAGAGGAGCAGAGCUGCAAAUCCAGAGGUGGAGCUCAAGAUCCAAGCACAGGCUGCAGUGGGAGCUGUGCCCUCCCUGCACAGCCUGGCCAGUGAGAAGAAAUCAGAAGGGCAGGAUCCUGAGCUGCCUCAGCUCUGGGAGCUGUUCAGCAGGAAAGAUGCUUUUUCCAGCCUGCCAGGGCAUGAAGAGCAUGGUUUAGAUCUCCAGCUGGCUUAUCUGACUGAGCUGGAGGUAGAGGGUCUGGUGGCAGCUUCCCCCCUUGCCAAGACCCUGUGUGAGAUCAAGGAAGCUUUGGUGAAUCUGCAGCAACCCUCAGCCCAUGGCAAUUCAGGUGAAGGGCAGCAACACCAGAUUUGA